CAGGUUCAGAAGCACGUGAGACGCGGUUGUCGAAGGAUGUGUGUCACUUAAGGUUGUGAUUUCACGGAGUGCGACGCGCACUAGAUACUGAAAGCGAUAGUGAAAAGUUCUAGAACUUAAGGAAAACUGCGGAUUUUCUAACGAAUGUUAUUCUGUAUAAACAGUUUAAGCCAAACAUUUUUAAACUUUAAACUGAAUGAUUGUGGCCAAGACUAGCACAAAGCGAGUGAAGAAUAAGGUCUUAGUGGAUAACGGUGAAUGUGGAAAAGAAGAAUCCCAACAGAAAAAUCGAAAGGUGCAGCUUUACAUGUCUUGCAUACUUCAUCACAACCAACGAGCUGCCACCAAAGCUGCCAAGUAACGGAAAUGGCCCUUGCGUGUGCUGUGCUGGUCAGCCAUCGUAAACAUUAUCGCUCAACUGGACAAUUCAAGAGACACGGAACGUUGAUUCAUAGAUAUCCCCCACUUGGGGAAAUACCAUGUUCCUGGACAGCAGCUCUUUUGUCCCACGCGUGGUUGAUGUAGUGAGCGUUUCGAGAAGAUAAUCUUUUUACAACGAAGAAGCAACAUUAGAAAUCUAGAACGAACAAUGGCGGAGAACGUAAAAGUAGUGGUCCGCUGUCGGCCUAUGAACAAACGAGAACAACAAGCGGGGUACAAGAACAUUAUACAAAUCGACAAUUCUUGCGUGAAUUUGGACAAUCCAAGCGAUUCGAACGCUCCACAGAAGUCGUUCAAAUUUGAUAACACCUAUGGUUAUGCAGCUACUACGGAGAACAUUUACAGCGACAUCUGCUAUCCGCUAGUGGAGAGUGUACUCGAAGGCUACAAUGCGACUAUUUUUGCGUACGGUCAGACUGGAUGCGGAAAGUCGCACACCAUGCAGGGCACAACCUACAACGUAGCGGGAGUGGAUCCAAACAAUGCCAACAACAUCGGUAUCAUACCGAGAUCUUUCGAGCAUGUAUUCGAAGCAAUAGCUGUGAGCAGUGACGUGCGAUAUUUGGUGUUAGUGAGCUACUUGGAGAUUUACAAUGAGACCAUUAGGGAUCUGUUGCAAGUUUCCGGUGGUAGCGGACCGAGUUUGGCGCUGAAAGAGAUUCCUGGUGAAGGAGUCACGGUUCAGGGGCUUUCCAUGCAUACAGUCCAUGGGAUGAAGGAAUGUAUUGAGCUGCUGGAAAUGGGAGCUAAAAAUCGCAUCGUUGGAGCAACGUUGAUGAACAUUGAGAGUUCUCGAUCACAUUCAAUUUUUACCAUUAGUCUAGAACAAAUGUCAACAAAUGGCAGUAAGGAUGCUGUGAUAAAGCGGGGGAAGUUGAACCUGGUCGAUCUAGCCGGUUCUGAGCGUCAAAGCAAGACAGGAGCGACUGGCGAUCGGUUGAAGGAAGCUACCAAAAUCAAUCUUUCCCUAUCUGCGCUGGGAAAUGUGAUCUCGGCACUGGUCGAUGGAAAGACAAAACAUGUACCUUACAGGGAUUCUAAACUGACAAGGCUGCUUCAAGACUCGCUUGGCGGGAACACGAAAACUUUAAUGAUAGCAUGUAUAUCACCGGCGGAUUCGAACUACGAUGAAACCUUGUCAACGUUGCGCUACGCGAGUCGUGCAAAGAGUAUUGCAAAUAAACCUAAAGUGAACGAAGAUCCCAAAGAUGCCAUGCUGAGAGAAUAUCAGCAAGAAAUUAAACGAUUGAAACAAAUGCUUCUCAGUGAAGGCAAAUCGCUAGAUGUGGAUCAAGAAAGUACUGCUGUGCCUCCAACACCGCUUAUGAUUGAUGAAGAAAGGCGAUUACUAACAGGACAGUAUGAGUCGCAGCUUUCCAACCUGAGAAAGGAUUACGAGCAACAAAAAAUCGCCAAACAAGAGCUGGUCAAAGACAUAGAAAAAAUUAAAUCUUAUUAUGAGGGACAAAUGCAACAGCUGGUAUCAAAGAAACAUCCGCCCAAGACUACAGUUGAAGUCGUUUCAAACAACGUGGCAACGACUGUGCCUCCUUCUGUAGAUAAAAAGGAAAUCUAUGGUAGAAUUAAAGAAAUCAAAGAUGCACUUAUCGGUGGAGAACGAGCCAAUGAUGUUCAACUCAAAGAGAAGCGAUACAGAAACAAACUAGCUUCGGAAAAACGACUCAAUGCUCUGGCACACGUGAUCAGUCGUGUGGAGCAAAGCGAAGAUCGCGAUCUUCUUCAAGGCCAUUACACGGAUAUUCAACAGGAGCUUAAAGUACGUUACGAGCAGAUUCGGACCCAACGUAAACGGAUCAAAUCUUUAGAGCGUGACAUUUCCGACAUUCAGAGUGAAUUUCAAAUAGAUAGAGCGGACUACCUAGCUACUAUAAGAAUCCUUGAAAAGAAGGUUCUAUUCUUCGAUGCGGUGUUCCAGAAAGCCAUGCCAGUACUGAGGAAAGAUGGUCGGUAUUGGAAUCUCGAAGUUCUCGAAAUGGACUCGGAGUGGAACGACGAUCUGAAAAAAUGGAAACUUCCGGAUGAUGCUCUACUGAGAGUUCGAUUACCUCCAGCUGAAAACGGUAACAACCAAAACCAACCGCCAUCGUCGCCGGCCAAAUCUGGUAGGGACAGUCAAACUUCCCUGACGGCACCGGGACGAUUGGAGCGCAGCUCAACGUUAAUUCUCACAAAGCUCCCCGAUUUCGGCGCAAAUCCAUCGGCUAGUGACAACCGGGGGAAAAAGGAAUUUCUCAGUAAAAGUACCAACUGUAACCCGUUCCCCAAGAUCGAAGAUGUGACUUUAAAUUAUUUUAGGCCCAGAAGAGCUGCAGAGUUAGUGUAUAGGAGUGGGUGGGGAAAUGUGCAAAAAUAGUCGGAAACAAUGUUGAACCAAGUUGUACAAUUAUAAGGUAUGGUGAUUCGGAAAUUUAGAUAUUUUCAACAGAGGUUAUUUUUGGCAAUAUUUAUUAUUAAAACA